ACGUCUCAUUUCUUCACUCAUGAUACAAAUCUUACAUAACACCAAAAACCCUAAAAGAUUAGGGGAAAAUCUUGAGCUUUAGAUGGAAAGCACCGAUUCAUCCACAUGUUCACAAUACCCAAAUCUCCCACCGGGCUUUCGGUUUCACCCAACAGACGAAGAACUAGUAGUUCAUUACUUAAAGAAGAAAGCUUCAUCAACCCCUUUGCCUGUUGCAAUCAUAGCAGAAGUUGAUCUUUACAAGUUUGAUCCAUGGGAGCUACCAAGUAAAGCUACGUUUGGUGAUCAAGAAUGGUAUUUUUUCAGUCCAAGAGAUAGAAAAUACCCUAAUGGAAUGAGACCUAAUCGUGCAGCAACUUCAGGGUAUUGGAAAGCUACUGGAACUGAUAAGCCAAUCUUGUCUUCAAGAGGAGAUCAAAAGGUUGGAGUUAAAAAGGCUCUGGUUUUCUAUGGUGGAAAACCCCCGAAAGGGAUUAAAACCAAUUGGAUCAUGCAUGAAUAUCGACUUGUUGAUCAUGCUUCUUUCAAGUCUCCCAUCAUCAAUUUAUCAAACAAAAAGGGAUCCUUACGGCUUGAUGAAUGGGUUUUAUGUCGUAUAUAUAAGAAGAACAAUGCAAGUAGACCGGCGGAAAGAGAUUCAGAUAACGAUUAUAUGGAAAACAUUAUUGCUUCAAAGGCUACAAACUCCAUUGGUCUAACAGAAAACAAUCACGAAACGUAUUUUGAAAUCUUUAACAAUGAAGAUGGAUCAAGAAUUCGACAAAGCAACUCUAUAUCCAAGUUUGAUUCUACAAGUUCUUCAAUGAAAUCGGGGGUUUCUUCGCUGAUUUUGAAUAAUGGGAAACGCUCAUUCCCGACUACUCACUAUUGGAAUCUUGAGUCCUCCGAGAAAAGGUUUCAUUCCGAUGAUGACAUGAAUGGAAUGAUGGAUGGAAAUGGUUCCUUCAUAUCUUUGAUGAAUCCAGUUCAACAAGGGAUUGGUGGAUUCCAUCCAAAUACAGUACUUGGUUCAAUUGGUGAUUCUACGUUGCCAUAUCAGCUUUCUUCCUUAAACUGGACCUAAACUUCUAUUUUUAUUUUUGUUGUUGUAAGAAAUCAUAGAUUAUAUUACUUUUUAUAAUAAAAAUGCUAG